ACGGUCGAGUGCGAUCGUCUGUCGGUAGGCAGCUGUGCUCCCGAUCGCCCGAUUUAUUAGUGCGACGUCUUGUCGUAGUCUUCUUAUAGUUAUCGGUUCUCUUAUCGCGUUCACGUACAAUAAAUACCAACUAAAAUAAUUGAGCCGGUGAAAAAAUUAAUUGUUAUGAGACGCGUUGCUUCCGAGCCGCUCUCUAACUAGAUUACACGCAACAAAAUGUAACGAGUUACAAAAUAUUAGUGUUUUGUCGGGGUGGUGAGAUAAAUCUCACGCUGUGCCGAUCUCGGCGGUUUUUGCGACAUUGGACUUGUUUUAAAAGCUAUCAAAAUAGGAACUAUGCAACAAUGUGGGUUUUGCUCAAUGUUAUCCGGUCUCUUGCGGCGAGCGAUGUGUGUCAGCAGCAGAAGAGGUAGCAGUGAGUCCUAUUACAGAGAGCUCGGUGAUCAAGACACUCUGAAAAUUGAAGACAAAUCCUCGGAUAUAUCCGAUGACUCCGAAGAGAUUAAUCAAGAAGUUCCGGUUCGCCGCUCGAUCGAUCGCGGCUCGGAGAUAGAGACCAUGGAUAAUACAAACAUCAGCACCGGCCGUUUCCUGACGAUGCACAAGCGGCGCAAGAAGAGGCUCGUAACUCGCUCUCUCAGCCAAGAGACGGCGCUGCUGGACGAUUUACAGCUGGGACAAGUGCAGUGCAUCCUGAAUCAGUCAGUGCUGUGGAAGUUCAAUGCAUUUACGUUAGAAAACGUCUCUGGCGGUCGAUGCCUGCCAGUGCUGUGUGUUCACCUUUUCCACAUCUACGGUCUGAUUUCUUACUUCAACCUGGAUGCGGCCAAAGCCUGGAAGCUGUUCAGCCUUAUUGAAGAAGGCUACCAUAGUACCAAUCCAUACCACAACUCUAUCCAUGCGGCCGAUGUCACCCAGGCCAUGCACUGCUUCUUGCAACAAAAACAGAUCCGGGAUUACUUGGAACCGUUGGAGAUAAUGGCGUCCCUGCUGGCCGCUAUAGCUCACGACAUGGAUCAUCCUGGAGUAAACCAGCCAUUCCUAAUUGCAACCUCCAACCAUCUGGCUGCACUAUACAGAAACACAUCUGUCCUCGAGAAUCACCACUGGCGCUCAGCCAUCAGCUGCCUGAUGGAAAGCGGUCUCCUUGACCAGAUGAGGCAUCUGCAGUCGAAGCUGGAGAACCAGAUCAGCUCCCUGAUCUUAGCCACUGACAUCACCAGGCAACAGGAGUACCUCAGCCAGUUCAAGAAUUAUUUGGACACCAACACUCUUGAUAUGAGGAAGAGCGAGCACAGACACUUGGUGCUGCAGAUUGCCCUUAAAUGUGCUGAUAUAUCGAACCCAUGCCGACCCUGGGAGAUCAGCAGGAAGUGGAGUCUGAAAGUCUGCGAGGAGUUCUUCAGACAGGGAGACUACGAGAGGAAAUUGAACUUGCCAGUGACAGCAUUGUGCGACAGACACACUACAUCAAUACCGAAAAUACAAACAGGGUUUUUCAAAUUCGUCGUUACACCUCUCAUCACUGAAUGGCAUCGCUUCCUACAAAAUGAUUUGUCAAACCAAAUGUUGAAAAAUUUGCUAUACAAUCAGAACAAAUGGGAGACAUUGGUGGCUCAAGAAAUAGCUGAAGAAACCGGAACUGAGAUUUCCGAUGCUGAUAUGGUUGAUGACGACCUUGAGACUUGUUCAGGAACCAAUAUCUCUGAUAGUUCGGAGUUGCUAUUGCCACUUCGAAGGAGUUCAUUGAACCCCUCCAAACAAGUUGGCCUUAAAGAACAGUUAAGGCGUUUCUCUGUUCCACUUAAUGUGUUCCAAGAUACCAAAUUUAGAAAUAAAGAUAAGAGCCGAGCAUCGUCUGUAGCGGAGCCAAAGAAUAAGAGCAACACCAGCCCGCUUGGUAGUGAGCACUCGAUUCACUCACAGCUUAGUGUUCAUGGACACUGUGAUCAUAACGAUGGCAUCUCCGAGAAAGUUCUCAGUACUGAGAAACUUCUUCCCGACUCAUCUAUAGCCUCCAUCACCACGCCGGUGCAAGCGACUCGUCUCAACACUGUCUUAAAGGACGGUGGCUCGUGGAAACUAAUACGCCAACAGACUUUCCCGCCACUUGAAACAACAGCCCACGCGUACGCACUCGCCGUACGUCCCCUCUACAUGAGUAACGAAGAGUCUUUAUACUCGUCUCGCCACACCAAGAUCGAGAUUGGAGUUAAAUUUGAAACAAGCAUAAAAGAGGGCACACUUAUUAAUUUAUUCAAGAGGAAUGAUAUCGAUAAGACUGAUCACGAUGACGCUUCUGAAAAUAAUAACGUAGAUAUAACUGAGUGUUCCCGUAAUUUAGAGAAAGAAAAUCAAGACCCGUUGAAUUGGGAUAGUUCGGACGGUGGGCACCGCGAACUCGCUUCAAUUGGGAGCCAGUUGAGGGACAACUUGACGGCCAUCAAUCUCGGCGCUCUCGCCUCAGACCAGCUGCUACGCCGAAGGAAGUCUAUGCCUGCUGAUACCGUCGCAUAUAUACCAAAAGAGAAGAGAAUGCGUGAAGUGACUGCCACCAUACCACAGUUCCUCCGCCGGACCCUCUCCGGAAAGGAGUGCUGGACGCGCCGCAGAGGUUCCGCCCCUGCACACGUGGAGCCAUCCGAGUUGCGAGGUCUGGCCUCGAUGGGGGCUACGAGGCAAAGCGUCAACGGCGCCCGACGGAAAACAAACCCCAUCGCGGCCUGCCAGCAGUGGUUAACGAAAACCAACUUCAACGCACAAGAGAAAACCAUCCAGCAGAUACCGCGCAGAAGUUCAUUGCCUGUUGAGGUGCUUACAGGUAUUUCCUCCCGUUGAUGGAAUGAAAACGUCAGAAUCUAAGUAAAUGUCGGUGAUAGAAGCUGCUUAGGAAAGGAAAUUAGAAUAAAAGGGAACAAGAAUGAAGGAUACAAGGAUAGGAGUACAUCUGUCAUUACCAUCCAGACAGGUAAUUGGUAAUUAACGAAAAUGACUAUCAAGAGAUGAUUAUAAGCAUGUAGAAUUCUAAUUGUUUGGUGGGAAGUGGUCUCACCUCGGACGGGACGGAAACUCAAGUUUGACUUUUCAACAAUUUACAUAUGGCGGCGUCCAAUGGAUCGCUUCAUUUGUAUCUUGUGGUCUCUUAAUGUCACAAAAUUCAAUGAUGUUUAGAUGAAAUUACUGUAUUUAUUAUAUGUGUAUUGAUAGGGUCAAUGAACCCGUCGUCUUGGGUAUUUCCUUUUUUCCCCAGUGUUGUGAGCAUGGUACGUGAAAUUGGAUUUUUUUAUUAGUGAUAUUGAUUGUUGUAAGUCAUUGGAAAAUGUGAAUGUAACUCAGUGCCAGUGUUUCGGGCGCCAUAUUGUUGGUUUAAUUUUUUAUUGGCGUUCUUACGGCCCUGGCUACUAGCCGUUCUGGGCGUUCGUUUCUCUUACCUGCCAGUAUCUGGAUUUAAUUGUACUUUCGAUAUUUUUAUCCGAUACGUUACGUCUAUUGUACAGUUGUUGUCGUAUUAAGUGUACAUGUAACAGGGAUGUUUAUCUACAUUUUGCUUGUACCUAUACCGUUAACGGUUAUGCUUAAUUAGGUGACAGACUGUACAUUUAUUUAUGAUCGUUAAUUGAACAUUUGGCAUAGACAAAUUCAAAUGACAACGCAAUCUAUUCAACAUCGUAGUACAAAUUAUGUUUUACACUUUAUAAGGAAUUUUAAUGUUUAUGUUACAAUAAAUUUAAUUAAUGGUUAGUAAUUUGCCAUAUCGUCUUCUAAGUUUAUACGGCUAUCAAUGUCAUGGGGGUUUACUUUGAAAAGCUGCCACUAGAUGGCGUGUAAACACAACACGCAGCUAGGUGUCAAAAUUGUGUCAUUUACGCUUAAAUCUGUUUUACAAUUGUUAUUAUUUAUCCUCGAAUUAUCAUCACAAUCUCAUCAAUCUAUUAGUCAUCUAAUGAUAGCGCUGUUUAAUUGAUCCAUUGAUGUUUAUAAUUACUAGUUGAACAUAUUGAUUGAUCGAUAUCGUAAGAGCUAGUGGUGCCACCUGGUGACCUACAACGUAAGCCCCCAUUCUUUGUAUUUUAAUGUAUGUAUGUGUUGUUCUUGUAUUAUACCAAAUGUGUGUGUCUGGGUGCUUAUUGCACAGCAGAUCCAUCGGCUGGAAACAUGUUCACAAUAAAGGUUUAGAGUCUCAUAUAUCAGUAACUCUAGUGGUUUUCUUUUUUUUUUUUAAUAGUCAUAGUAAUAAGUACUUAUUCAAUAUAGAUGAUAAUUAAGUAGGCGCUCUUUUUGAGCGAGCGGUGUAUCGCGGUACAUUUAUUAAGUUUUUGUUGUAAAUUAAGACAGAUUCAGUAUUAAAUGUGUGUACUGCAACAAUUCCCAUAUGAAAACGCAGCGCUUCAACGGUUGAUGGACAUUUAUAAAUGUCGUAACACGGUACGGUAUCGUACCAUUUUACCGUCACGAUAUCAUAGGAGAGCACAGAAAUCGUGGAUUUUUACAAACGUUUGAAAUUAAACUACAUCUUCUACUAGAUCACACGGUGAAAUUCGCAUCACCUACAUCCAUCUCGCCAUUUAUUAAAACUAAUCCGAAAUAGCUACUCCCAUACAAAAUUACCUAUUUUUAUUUUUAUUUCCUAAUUUGUAUUUCCAACUUUUUUUCCUUUACACCAGCCAGGUGUAAAAGAAAAAACGUUGUAAAGAGUGAAACAAAAAAGAAAUAUUCAAGUCGAGCAGUUUAUUUUAUUUUAGCGAGACGUAACAAACAGCAAUUGAUUUUUAGAUUAUUUUGCCGUGACGAUAAAAUCGUGUCGUGAUACGAUAAGUUAUAAAAGUGCCCAUUGGCUAUAGCUGUGUCUUUAGACGCCUUUGAUAUUGACUAUCACCAAUGAGCGUCAAUUUGGAUCGAAUUAUCUACUACAAAAAAAUGUUCUGAAUGAGGGUACUUAUCCUUACGUCAUCAGUGUUGCCAGUCGAAUUAAUUGAUUUACAUUUAUAAUGUUUAUUAAUUUAUUUAUUACUAAGUUAGUGUUUAAUUUUAUUAUUUAUUUAGUAAGGCUACUUUAUAGAUACAACAAUAUAGAUUGCAAUGAACGAAAUGUGAUAAAAUAUUGUAUGACAUCUGUCAACGUCAUCCAUCCGGUACAUUUUAGUCUUAGAAGGAGAAAACAGGUUGAUCAUUAAUUUUAGUGAUUCAUUAGACCGUAGGCCUAUGUACAAUACCUGUCUUAGGGGCUAGAACUUAAUCUAUAACACUGAUACAAUUGAAUGCAUAUAACAUCACAAAUAUUUAUAUAGAUUUUGAUAUAUAUUUUUCAUAAUAAUCUGAACUUACAAAUUUAUUUAUUUUAUUACAAUUAUUAGAUAAAUGGAUAAUAUAUUUUAAGCAUAUUCCUUCCUAAAACACAAGCAACACCUGCACUUUUUGAUGCUAUGGGUGCCUAUAAUUGGCGGUAAUGACUUAGCAUCAGGUAAGCCGUAUCACUCGUUUGCCAUCUGUGUUGUAAAAAUUAUGAUUUUUAUUUCUAACUAGUUUUUGCCCGCUACUUUGUACGCGUAUAUUUCACAAGUACUAAACCUAUUGAAUAUACUACUUCUGUAUGAUGUAUCGCAAUAAAACAUGCACUAGAUUUGAAGUUAGACCUUCAGGUAUACAAACGCAAUCAGUUUGGUGCAGUAGUUUUUUCGUAACGUACAAACAGACAAAAUUCCUAAAAAAAUAGUUUUGUUUCUAUUAAUCUUAUUAAGUACCCUCACGUUAGUUUUUUUCUUAAAUAUGUCCCAUAUACAGACAUGGUGUAGUUAAUUUUAUUUUUAUUUUAUUUUAUAAGAUUUGACAGAUACUUCAGAUGUUGCCAGUAUUAUGGCGAAAGUGCUAAAAUAAUUAAUUCUUUCUCGAUGCGUGUUGACCUCAUUGGUGGACCUUGCGUGGUUUCCAACUGUGGACUCUUGUCACAAAACUGUAACUGUUUUGUAUGAGUAAUGGUUAGACAGGUUUGGAAUGUUGAGGUUAAUUCCAUUCCAGCCAUGCCGGCAUUUGAUAUCACCGACCGAUAAAUGCAACCAGCGGGGUGAAUUUACGCAUUCGAAUUGGAGUUAAAUCGAAACUCGCUGAUUGACACUUAUAUGUCGAGUGUAAUCGAUUACAUCCGUUUAACGUCAUAUAUACGAGAAUAUUAGUUAGAUUCAGUGUAAUUACGAUUUCAUGACCCCAAUUCGAUUACAUCUAUUCAUUAAACAUAAAAGUGUAAACCAUCACAUCCGAUAAACGUCAAAUAUACGAAGAUCAUUUCGAUUCGAUGCAAUUUAGUUUUGACCCCAAUUCGAUUACGUACGAUUCGCCCCGCAUAUUUACCUACGUAUACUUCUGUCGAUUAUUGUCACGACGUAGUGGUCCCGAAACUGAGUUGACUAGUGUAACUCGAUAAAACAUCACAUCUGUACGGUUGCAUUUAUUUAUAAUAUAUAAAUGUGUAUGUAUAUGGAAUGAAUUUAAUGUUGAAACAAUGUUAUGAAUAUUCAAUUUUAUUGGUGGUAUUGAGAAUUCUAAAUAUUAUUGUGUAUUGUUCAGUAGAAUAUUAAUUAUAUUAUAACCAGACUCGCUGUCUUGUUUGGAAUGGAGGACGGGAGAAUUAAUGUAAUUGUUAGGGUAUUCUACGUGUUCUGUGGGGAAAUGGUGUUGAGUAUUUUUUUUUUUUUUUCUUAUUUUGUUGAAUCUCAAUGUGUGAAAUAAAAAUUCUUGCGCUUACAACCCGUCGAGAUAUCUACAAAGUAUGAAAAAUACGAUAUGGCAUGACACGUCGUAGCCCGGUUGUGUUCUGUUCUGAUUUACACGGUGAAAAAUCGUGAUUUCAAAUCUGACGGUACCAGAUGUUUGUGCCAAUUAAAUUUUUGACUAACUCCUCUGUGAUGGAGAAUAUCUACAACGAACCAAGUAAUCCGAGUGAAGACGGCACGCUCGCCUACGUCGCGUCGCGUUUAAUUCAUAAUGUGUACAUACCAAGUGCUACGUUCACCACACCGGCAAAUCGACACCUGUCUGACUGACCCCAUUGCGGGUUAUAGUCGUGUGCAUAUUUGUUUAAUACUCAACACCGUUUUCCCAUAUUAGUACGGUGUUCAUUAUAAGCCAUAUAUAUGUACGGUCUUCUUUGAUGUAUGCAAAAUGUGUUUCUAAAUGUCAAAUUGUUAACUUAUUUGUGUAGAAUGUGUGGCGGACGACCCGAAUAUUGUUCGUUUCGUUAACAAUGUACAAUACAAGGAAGUUUAGUAACAUUAAUUCCAUAUGUUGUAAUAGAAUUAUUAUUAUAAGUGUUUAUUUUUGUCUAGCAUUAAUACAUCAUGUCUACAUAUAAUCGUUCAAUAAAAUCUGUUCUCGUGAGGGUGUCGCCCUCUGGUGUCAGAUAGUAAUAAGCUUAAUACUUACACAGGAUGAAAUAGGGAUCGUUGGCAUCCUUUUAACACAGUUUUCUACCGAUAAAUGUGAACUGUUUUUAUCUAAACAUCUCGAAAAAUUUUGUCCUCCCAUUCGGGCUUAAAUUACUUUGCCGUUUUCCGAGUUGCGUUUCUUGAGGAAAAUUGUUCAGGAACACAUCCUUUAGUCUAUCUAUCCUAUUUAAGAGCUGCGCUCUUGUCGGUGGAGCUCUUGCCACUCAUUACGAUUUUCAGCGAGUCUCUUCACCUCUUGAUACGACACGACACCAACUCCUUCCUUGAUCUGCCUGAUGUAACUAUGUCUCGGUCUCCCUGUUCCCCUUCUUCCUUCUAUCUUACCUUCUAUUAUAAUGUUCAUAAGUUGGUCAUGUCGUAUCAAGUGUCCCAAAAUUUUCGCCUUCUGUCCUCAAUAGUUCUUAUAAUUUGUCUUUUUUCCUUAACCUUAAGCAGGACCUCCUCAUUGCUAAUUCGAUCCCUCCAACUAUCCUUUACUAAGUAUGGGUAAUAUCGUUACCACACCGAUUUGCUCCCUCUGGGCGUUGAUGGCAGUACUGGGUCAUCACCCAUUUCAAUAUCGCCCAUACAGGUUGCAUACGUAUAUUCAUUUUAAUGGAUAUCGUAUAUUAAAUAAUUACCGUGUAAAUUUAUAGAUAUUGCAAUUACGAUAUAUAGAUAUUGCUAUAUAUAACCCAUCCCUAUUCUUAAUUAUUUAGAUUCCAUCCUGUGUAAGUUUGAAAUACGAUUCGAAUAGAAUUUUAAACUAGAAGAAAAUCUUCAUACCAACUCCUACAAACGUGCAAUCGAUAUUAUAUGUUACACAACACAUACUAUAGAUAUGUUGAUAAUAAUAAGAAAAAAUGUUAACUUUUUAAAGUGGAAAUUAUAUAUUUCUUGAUUCUUGUCGGCCAAAUGACGUUAUACAGAGUCCACAAAUUAUGUGUACUACCAUACAUUUUAUAGUAUAUUAUUAUAUAUUAUUAUGUAGUUACUGUGUAGAUAUUAUAGCGCAAAUUUUUUUAUAUUAUAUUUAUAUAUGUAUUGUAUAUAGUCAAAAAUACUUUUAACCGGCUAUUACCGGUAAUAACCGGACAAAAGUAUUUUCGAUAAUAAACCUAACUUUAUGAGUGUGCUUUUUGAUGUAAUAGAAGUUUUUGAGUGUGACUAAAUGUAUAACUGUCUCAUAGGUAACCGUUGUUAUUGAGGGGUCAAGGGGGUGGGAGGGGGGGAUUGACACUUCCCUGUUACUACUAUUCUUCUUUGUAUUGUGACAAAUAAUAUCACAAAAUGUUUUAUCGCUUUACGUAAUAUAUUUAGGAUAAGUUUGUUAGAUUGUAAUUUUAAGUUGAAAUAAUCUGUCGUCCGGCUGGUGCGCAUGCGCGGAUGUAUUCAUUUGCCCCAUACACAUUUUCGUUUACGCACGCACGUAACAGAGGGCGCCAGACGUUGCUGUCUCGUUACACCACAUGCACGUUACAGCGACAUCUAUCUGUGGGUUCGUUUGCGAUUUAAUAUUUUCGUCCAGUGUUACGUCUGGACUCAUUGGCACAUGGCUGUGUAACUCUAAUUUAUCCUGUAAAUUAUAACAGUAUAUUUUACUACCGUUAGUAAAAUACAUUCUUUGAUGUAAUUAUAAAAUUCUCUUAAGUACUUUUUCUUUUAAUCGAACCACGUCACCGCCUGUUAAGAUAUGGAAUGACAAUUUACAGGGCCGUCACAGGUCAUGCGAGGGCUUUCGUGCACACAAAAUUUUUGCCCCUUUCAGAAACUUAAAAAAAGCGAAUGCAAAUAUCUGUAAUGUAUUUUAGAACAUCUUACAUUUAAAUUCGACAUAUUUUAGUUAAAUUCCAUAAAAUCAACUCUCCUCUUUUUCAACCAACUAAAAAGAAGAAAACUCUCAAUUUGAUUGUAUAUUUUUAUUCGUUACCCCAUAACUCCGUUAGUUUUAAACCGAUUUGUUAAAUAUAUUUUUUUAUCUGAAAGGAUAUGCUUACAGAUUGAUCCCGUAGAAGUUUUAUCAAAAUCAAUUUAAUAGUUUAAGUUUUUAAAUCAAAAUAACUGGUUUUGCCAUAGUUGAUGUCAAUGUUUUUUUUUAAAACGCUAUCUUAAAUUUUUCCGCGUAAACGACUUAUAAACUGACGGUCCUGAAUACAUAAGUGUUAUUCUAUAUCCAUUUAACUGGACGAAAAUGUAUAAAUACUUCGAAGAUAAACCCUAUUAUCCGCUUACAAAUAAAUAUACAUGUCUCAAAUAUAAGUUUAUUAGAUAUUUAAACAAGUCAUAUCCGCCCAUCCGCGCGCCGGCUGUAAACGGGAAACCUUUUCUGACCCUUCGAAGUCCACAAUAUUCUUAAGUGUAAUUUAAUUUAGUGAAUAAAAAAUGAAAACCAUGCUCAAUAAAUAUGUCAGUUAGUAUUAUUCAUUGGAAAGUUUCUGCGCGUGAAUUGGUUGCCACCGUUGCAUUUUGUAUCAUGAAUGAUUGAAUGACUUUCGUAAUGGGACACCGCAUAGGGGAGUUAUGUCGUCGUAUGUCUAAGAUCACGUCUGAGCCAUUCUAUUUUUGUCUAUGAUGAAGGGAAUCAUGAUAUUCAAAUUACAUUGGCAUCUUGUGAGUUUUAUAUUUACUAGUUUUUACCCGUGACUUCGUUGGCAUGACCGAUACAUUAUUAUGUUCAUUGACUGAGAUAAAAAAAAAAAUAGAAAAAAAUAUAUUCUGUUAUAACUUCCCACUAGGUGACGUUACUUAAGUUUCAUGAUAUAAAAUGUCAAAGAUUAUAUAAUUGGAAAUAUUUGAACUUUAAAGUAUUGUUCACUAAGUAAAUAUACAUUUGUAAAUGGCAGUCAUUUGUAACAAUAUUUUUUGGUAAAUUUUAAUAAAUAUGUGAAAUACAUGUACCUAAGUAGCUACAGAACUAUAUGAAUUUCAUUGUACGCAAAGUCUGUCAAUGCACGUCGAGUGCUAAACGCUUAUUAAAAUAAUUAAAAUUACAUAGGUACAAGUACCGUUUACUUGGAAAAUUUUAUAAUACUACUCUAUGCAUAAUGUCUUAUGAUAAACAUCUACAGUCCUACAAUGUAAAAAAAAAAUAUAUUUUAUAAUAUAUGUUUUAUAUAAGUGUAAUGUUCCAUGCAGAUAUUACAAUUAGGUUCUAAUGAAAUACAGGGCCUGAUCUAGGGGCGCCAGCCGGGCAAAAUCUCUGACCGCCAAAAAGAGCUUACUGCGAGUUAAUAUGCUAAUCAAUUAAGCAACUAUAAAUGUUCAUAUUUGCCCUGAAACAGCAAAAUAACUAGAUUGGGCCCUCAUGAAAUGCAUAAUAACUGAAAUAAUUGUAAUAGGUAGAUAUAGCUCUGGAAUGUGAACGCGACGCGGCGUUUACAAAAGGAAGCGUUUCAUGCAGUCGAAUGUGGUUAUCUACUUGUUUGUAAAGUAUCUAUUCCUGCUUUGAAAUGAAAUAUACUACCUUUCAUAAAAUUUUUGAGCCUAGUUUAAACUGAUUUAGGAAUUUAGCUGAAACGACAAAACAAUAUUUGGGUAAGUCGAGCAUUUUAUACCGAGUUGCUCGCCACUUGACUAAAUUGUUAAAGCAGUUUGAAUUAAGCUUUUAAAAUUGAAACAGAGAUCGAGUAUUUGUAUAAAUGCAGUGUAUAGGUACUUCUUUAAUUCGUGUUCUUAGGUCAAUAUAAUGUGCAGGAGACAUUGCUUUCAAUGUGUAUAAUUAGAAAGGCAUUCUUUUCUGAGUUGCAACUACUAUUUAAUUAUUGAUAAUUAUCGUGGUCGUCGAUAGAGCACGUAUUUCACAUAUUCAAACUAAAUAGAUUUAAAGUUCAUUUGAUGAUAUUAGAAAAUUUCCUCGUCAAUAUAUUUACACAAGGGGUCAGCAAAAUAAAUUCUUAUCUACAUAUUUGAAAUUUGUACCACUAAUUAACCUUGGGAGCAAAGUUAUUACGUACCUUUGUGAUAAACUUUUCGACUUGUUAUUGAUUUUUCAUCUCACCAAUCUAUCUGAUAUUCUACCGUUAUUGUUAUCUAUUUCGAUAAUAACUGUUUAUUUUAUAUAUUUUAAUUUAUUAAUUACGUUUUAACUAUCAUACAAUUUUGGUGGUUCAAAUUUCAAUUAUAUCUCUUUCUAAAAUUCGUACACGAGAAAUGUAAAAAAAAAUUCGGUGCUUGCGAUUUCUAUUCUUAAAUCUCUUGCUUCGUCCACUUUCAUUUUUUGGUAUCCUAGCUCAAGAACCAAGGCAUUAAUUAGUAUGAUUGUGCAGCAUUUAUUAAUACUUUAUUGACCCAAGUUUUAUACACACGAUCAAAAAUAGAAUAGACCACGAUAUUAUUAAUAGUUUAAUAUUAGUUUUAAAAUAGCUCCACAAAUACUCUGUGGUUACUGCACGACAUAGAGACACUAAAAAAUAUUACAAAUAAUAACACAAAAUCUACGUAUUGUGUGAUCAUUAUACGAAAGUUGCUGAUGUAUUGUUGCCACAUCUAGCAAACUCCAGUAUUCAUACGUAUUCAUACUUACCUAGUCUCAGUGCUUUCAAAGUACAUACACAAGUUAGAUUUUACUUUUUUGUUAUUUAUUUUAUUAGAAAAAAAAAGUAGAUAUAAAUUAUUUCAAACGAAUACGCUGAACGCACAUCACAAUGGAUAUCACAAAAAAUGUCAAACAUUUUUUUUUUUUUUUUAUUAUUUUUAAGUUCAUUUUAAAGCUCCGAGAGGCAAUCUAACAUAAUUGAUAUUUUGUUAACAUUUUUAAGUACAACUCGCAACUAUCAAACAAUGAAUAAAUAUGAUCAAUACUGUCUAAUUUAAACAGUAGUGAAACUACAAGAGUCACUGUAAUUUCAUUCUUUGAAGACAAUUCCUAUUAUUUAUAACUUGUAAAGAUAUCUUUCUUGCGGUCAUGUUGAUAAAUAUUAUACUUAGCAGAAAUGUAUUUAAUGAUAUAUUUACAAAUUGUUUUAAUUAUAUGCAUAUGCAGGCUCGACAUAAACCGGGGAUCAUGAAAAUUUCCCUGACGUCAAUAAUUUAAUAAUUAAUAGGGCAAACCUAACGAAUUAUUCCCUCCCUGGCGUAGUAAUACGGCCCUGUAUAUUAUGUGAAUUGUUUAUUUGUAAAUUUCAGUUACAUAUUUUUAUUAUGUUGCAAUUUUUAUUUUAAUAAUAAAUUAAUAAUAUUAUUGUAUCCAUGAUUAAUUUUAAAUAAACAGAUAUUAGCAAUUGACA